UAUUGGUACUGUCCAAACCGCGCCAUCUCUGCCUUGGCGCGUUGUAUUAAAAUUGUUUCUCCGCGCAGAACAGGUUAUUAGGUCGCUGCCUAGUCGAUAUUCCCACCAGAAUUCUUCCGGCUGCUGUACUGUUCGGCUCAAUAAAAAUAAAUUACAGAAAACGAUGUCUUUUAGACACAAUUCAAGACACUACGAUUACCAGAGCACUGAUGAGAGCAGGAGUAAAGGUCCUUCACGCUGGUCCCAUUGCCGAAAACGAGGAGCAGACGGCAGUUUGAGGCCCCAGGGUGACCCUGACUCCACAGUCUUCGAUGAUGCAGAGAAAGAAGGGAAAGGAGGCAGGCAGACUCAUAGCAGGCCAACAAGCUUUACCACUCCUGAAAGCGGGGGCCCGGUGUCAAGAUGCGCGGACUGGGGCAGUGAGGUGGAGGAGGAGGAGAUGCGUUCAGGCGUCCUCCGUGAUAUGCAAAGAUAUAGGAGGAGAAUCCUGGCCAGUGACUUUAAUGAAAGGGAAAGAAAAACUUCCUCGGGAAGCUCAGACUCCAGGGACUCUCCAAUUCCUGCUGAAAUGGAGACUGAUGAGGUGGUUUUGUUAAGGAGACAGAAGCAGAUUAACUAUGGGAAGAACACUCUUGCCUAUGACCGCUACAUCCGGGAAGUGCCCAAACACCUGCGUCAGCCAGGGGUGCACCCAAGGACACCAAACAAGUUUAAAAAGUACAGUCGGAGAUCUUGGGACCAGCAGAUUAAACUGUGGAGGGUGAAGCUCCAUGCAUGGGACCCCCCAGCCCAGGAAGGCAGUGACCUGCAGGCCAUAGAGGAGAUAGACCUGGAUGACAUCAUGGAGACUGAAUCUGGGAUGACCAACCCCACAGAGUCUGGUGCUAACACACAGCACCCUAAAAUCAGCAAAACUCCAGCAUCUGUUCAAGAGGACUCCUGCUCAGGGACCCCCAGUAAGGUCAUGAAAACUGACCUGUCUUUUGACCUGGAGAUGUGUCUAAACCAAGUGGACGAUGACAGCAAAUGGCUAAGUUUGUGAUGAAGCCUGGAUACUUUCAUCCAUGGAGUGGAUUGGGCUCUGAAGCCCCUGGGCUGCUGGAGUUUAAGUGGGAAAGCAUGGCCUGCAGACAGCAACACAAGCUGGCUAUUGAAUCGACGUUCAUUCCACAACCACACGGGAAACCAGACGUGCAAGAUGAGCGUCUGCUUUGUGCUUCAGUAACAUGAUUUUUUUUCUGAUGAGGUGUUCCUUGUCUGCCCUUUCAUUGAACAUUUAACACAUUUGUUUCAUGCCCUAUUAGUUCAGUGCAUACUUCACAAAAAGUUUGUUUGGGUUGCGUGUACAUUUUUAUGUAAUUUUUUUUAAUGGUAAAUUUUUACUUUCAUAAAUGUGCUAUAAAAACUGUUCUGUGUGAAUGUUCCUUGUUUAUUAUUUUUUUUACCCCUGCGGACGUGUUGUGAUUAUGACUGGCAUUUUAUCUGCACUCUGUUUAAAGAAAAAGUAAAAUAAAGUGUUAGAAAAAAUAGGGCCACAAUAAAUGGCUUUAUUUGUA